GAGCGGUCUAAUAUAAUCCCGAGCAUUCUUGGCUCGUUGGCUCGUCAGCUCGUCAGCUCGUCUGGAGAGCAUCAUCCCCUUUCUAGCAGGGGUUGUUCUUAGCGUUGUAAGGGAUUGGCGAAUCGAAUAAUUGCAAUUUCUCUUUGUGCAACUGUUACACGGCUAGUUCUGGCAAACAAUAUAGCAUUCGACUUACAUGAAUGUAUCUAUUAUUCUAUAGGUAUCCUAUUGGAAUUAGUAAAUAGCACGACAUACUGGUGUUAGACUCCUGGUAUACCGGGAGAUAGCUAUCAUGCAUGGUUUGGCUAACAACCAAUAGCUGUCUGACCUAGUAUCUCAUACUCCACCUUGACAAUGAUUUCUCCUUUUUUUUUUUCUUUUAUCCAAGUAGCUUUAGGAUAUGUCUAGGUUAUGCUUUUAGCUUAAGUAAAUAAUUACCUACUCUUCGCUGGAUUUAUGUUACUAUUCUGACUAUCACUCACUUCCAUACCUAGUCAAACGCGCAUAACCCAUGGAUUCAGACUUACGAGACGACGAGGCGGCUCACGAUGGCCAAACGGAAUGUACACCACUGUUAUCUGAUUCGCAACCAUUGAAAUCUGCUACCAGCGAUAACUGGGGGUCGGAGUUAUGGCUUCUCGCGCAGUACUCUAUUCCGCUUAUAGCAACUUACCUUCUCCAAUAUUCAUACAGUGUCAUCACGACCUUUGUUGCGGGCCAUAUUAAUGCAGACGCCCUCGCUGCUGCAAGCCUUGCUAUGACCACGAUGAACAUCGUUGGGUUCGCUACAAUUGAGGGCAUGGCUACUGCCCUCGAUACACUGUGCGCCCAAGCGUAUGGCUCUGGCAAUCUUUUAAAUGUUGGGCUGCACGUCCAGCGCAUGUGGUUCCUCAUGAUCUUGGCCGUCAUACCCAUUGGUGCUUUCUGGGUGUUUUCUCCGUGGGUGCUGUCCAUCUUUGUGCGACAGCAUCAUUUGGCUGUCAUGGCUGGGACGUUUAUGCGGGUUAGCUUGGUUGGCCUGCCUGGAUAUGCGUCGUUCGAAGCGGGCAAGCGAUUCCUCCAAGCUCAAGGGGAUUUUAGAGGCGCUAUGAUUGCUAUUCUUAUAUGCACGCCCGUCAAUGCGUUCCUGAGCUGGCUUUUCGCUUUUAAACUUGAGAUGGGCCUCGACGGUGCUGCAUUGGGAGCUGCUCUCACUAAUAACCUUCGUCCUAUCCUACUUCUUGCUUAUAUACUUUUACCGACUGGGAAGUGGUCACACCAGUGCUGGGGCGGCUUCUCACGGGAUGCUUUCUCUAAAUGGGGACCUAUGGUGCGGCUCUCCGUCGCAGGCACUGCGGUCAACUUAGGAGAAUGGGCCGCUUGUGAGUUUUUGACUUUCAGCACGUCGUACCUCAGCACAAAUCACUUAGCAGCACAGUCUGUCUUGAUGACUAUCUCGGUCGUCUCCUGGCAUAUCCCCUUUUCUAUAUCGGUCGCGAUAAGUACGCGUAUUGGCCAUCUCAUUGGAGCCGGCCAUGUUGCGAGAGCUCGGCGCGCUGCUGUGUUGUACGCCGUAGUAUGUGCGCUCAUAGGCAGUGCCGACGGCUUAGUUAUUUUUUCUCUGCGAAACCAGCUUCCGGCAUUCUUCUCAGAGGACCGUAUCGUCGGCGAUCUCGUCUCCAAAACCAUGCUUGCCGUUGGCGUGUUCCAGAUUAUAGAUGCCAUAAUCUGCUGCACGAAUGGCGUACUUCGCGGGCUCGGCCGACAGUCCGUCGCUGCUUGGGUGGUACUAGUCGUAAACUAUAUAAUUACCGUUCCCGUGACGAUAUGGUUAGAGUUAGGGUCUCCGGGGUUGGAGUUGAAUGGUGUCUGGAUCGGGCUUGGUAGCGGUAUGGUGUUGAUCGCGAUUAUUGAGGGGCUCUAUAUGAAGACCUUGAGAUGGCAGGAUUGUGUAGCUAGCGUAAAACUAAGAGAGGGUAUGUAGUUGAAGGUUUACACCGGCCGAGUCCAACCCCUUUUUAACUGUACUACUUCAACAUGCCUUGUACGAGUCCAGGGGGUGCAUGCGAAAUUUCCUGUCGGCUCUCUGGAUCGACAACGUUAAAUUCCGACUGCACCACAGAUACAAAUUCGUAUACUGGCUGCACUACGCCGGACCUUUCUUUCCCUCUGAAAGUAUAUGGCUAUGGAACCCCUGAUCCAGGAUGCGAAGAGUAGGUUAAAAAGGGGCUUAGGGUAGAAUGAGAGUGUAUCAAAUUUCCUAUAGCUGAAGUAACUGCGGAUAAAUGAUACUUCUUCUUUCCUCCACAAUAUUUGGCAAAAUAGCCGGAUUUAUAUCCUAUAUAAUCCGCAUGAAAGCUUUCUACCAUGUAUUUACAAGGGUUGCCUCUGGUCCCUAUAAAUUGAUAUCCUUGGAAGAUGGGAAGGAUUUAGGCCUUAGUCUGCUCGUUGUUGUUUAUCUGGACUACAACUUCUUCAGGAUAUCCUUGAUCCAUUUUACAAGGCUUGCUAGAGCCCUGGAUUUGACGGGACAUCACCCUUUGUCUCCAUUUAGCAGCGAAUAUAAAGAGUGCUGCAGCAAGGGUCAC